AUGUCGCGCCCUUGCCAGCAACGGCGCUCGAGUGCCGCUGCGAAUCGCAAAUCCAGGGGCUCCAAGCCAACAGGACCUCCCCCCAUCAGACACAAAGCGCGACAAAAGGCGAUACACAAUGCUCGACACGGGCGCGGCGGAGGACGUGGCGGAGCGCGCGGCGGAGCGCGAGGUCGAGGCCGUGGCGGACAAGCAGGCGGUCGUGGCGGUCGUUUUUCACAGAAGAGUGGUAGGAACGACUCGGAACAAGAUUUCAUCCCUCUGUCCUCUGGUGGGAAUAAUUUCGAGGCGCUGUACCGGUCCAGCAGGCGGGACGACAAUUUCGAUCUGGAAGUGGAUGGCGACAGCAGCGACUCGGACGAGCUCCUUGACGAGGAUAUGUACGACGCCCAAGACAUCGCCAUCAAUGUACAGGCGCCACCGCCUACGACGAGUAGAGGGAGACAACCAAGAGCACAAAUCAUGUUUACCGAGGCAGCCGCCGUUGCCGUAUACGAUCAGAUCUAUCUGCGCAACUUCCCACUGACUACGACGACGACCCGAGUGCGCUACCUCCUCUACCAGGAAGACACUUCUGCCGAUUCGAGCGCAUACAUCUCCUUCGCGCCCUCCCCACUGUCCCGUCGAUCGAGCAUUAGCAGCGCCACCAGCGACGGUUCUAUGAACGAACCACCAACACCCGAGUACAACCCUGCACGCGACUACGUGUGGACAUUUGGAGCGCACAGCGGCAAGCGCUUCACGGAUGUUCCUGACAACUACGUCAAGACGAUUGGCGGUCAGCUCUACAAGUACAUGGACAAGCACGCGGGUCUCCUGGAAGCAUUCGAAUACCACAGGCCGGGACAAGCACGUCUUAAGCCACCACAGGCCGACCAGCCGCAGAUCCAACCCCAACGGACCCAGGCGCAAUCAUCGCGGCCACAGCCACAGCCACAGUCACAGCCAUCUCAAUCACAAGCUCCUUCGGCGUCAGACACGUGGAGAUUCAAAAAAGGCAUUCACGAAGGAAAGCGGCUCCACGAUGUCCCAGAAAAUUACAUCAGAACGCUGGAGAAUAACCCGCUGGUUAGAAAUGCUUGGCCUGGAUUCAAGCAAGCAAUCGAGGAUUUCAAUGCAAAAACUGGCAGACGGGGCCGGGUCUGA